GUGCCACUACCUCUCUCCGUCCGUCUGCCUGCUUGUCUCUCUCGCUGUGCUGUGGCAAUGGCUCCAAAAUCUUCAACAUGUCUGGAGCGUUACGGUUACGAUUUGCUGUUGGGAUCCAUUGCUGCGUUCUACGUGAUCAUGGUUCCGUACACUAAGGUUGAAGAAAGCUUCAAUGUUCAGGCAAUGCAUGAUAUUCUUUAUCAUCGACAUCACUUGGAUAAUUAUGAUCAUUUGGAGUUCCCUGGAGUGGUUCCUCGCACUUUUAUUGGAGCCUUGCUUGUAUCAAUUUUGGCAUCUCCACUUAUAUUGGCAAUGAAAUUGCUGCACUUGCCAAAGAUUUAUGGUCUUUUUGCAGUUCGAAUGGCAUUAGGGUGCAUCAUAUUAAGUAUGCUACGAUUUUUCCGUCUUCAGAUUAGAGAUAAGUUUGGAAAUCAUGUAGAAGCUUUCCUCGUAAUACUAACUGCACUCCAGUUUCACUUGCUGUUCUACUGUACCCGACCUCUUCCUAAUAUACUGGCUUUUGGUGCAGUUAAUUUGGCUUAUGGACAUUGGUUGAAGGGGAACUUUUAUGCUGCAUUAAAUUGUUUGAUUUUUGCUACAAUCAUCUUUAGAUGUGACAUGCUGUUACUUCUUGGCCCUCUUGGACUGAUGCUUCUGUUGACCAAGUCAAUUUCACUAUGGAAGGCAUUAAAGUGCUGCAUUGGGAUGGCUCUGUUGUGCAUAGGUCUUACCAUCUUUGUUGAUUCAAUUAUGUGGAAGAGGAUACUGUGGCCUGAAUUUGAAGUUUUUUGGUUCAACUCUGUUCUGAAUCGAAGUUCUGAGUGGGGUACACAUCCCUUUCACUGGUACUUCACUUCAGCGCUCCCACGCUCAUUGCUUGUUGCAUAUCCUCUGUUUCUGAUUGGGCUGUUACUUGACAGAAGGGCCUUGUCCUUCGUGCUUCCAGUUUUGUCAUUUGUUAUACUUUACUCUAAGCUUCCCCACAAGGAGCUUCGUUUCAUUAUUAGUUCAGUUCCAAUCUUCAACUUAUCUGCAGCAAUUGGAGCUACUAGAAUCUACAACAACAGGAAGAAAAAUUUCUGGAAGUUGCUUUAUUUCAUUAUGCUGGGACUACUAUUAAUCAGUGUAGGAUGUACUAUCAUUACUUUCAUGGCAUCGUUAGAGAAUUAUCCUGGCGGUCAUGCUUUGAGAGAUUUGCAUCAAAUUGGCCAUCUUGCUAACAAUACAAAUGAGCAGUGGGUGCACAUUGAUCCCUUUUCAGCCAUGAAUGGAAUAUCCCGCUUUUGUGAAUAUGAUUUCCCGUGGAGGUAUUCUAAAGAAGAAGGGAUCCCAUUACACGAAUUUUGCCAUAGAAAUUUUACCUAUCUUAUAAAUGAACAUCCGACUGUUGAUGGAUUCAAGUGUCUAUUCACCAUAAAUGGGUUCUCACGUGCUCGUCUUCAAGCUCACUUCCCACCAGUUUUACUGGUUAAAGAACCCAAAGUUUAUAUUCAUGGAAACAUACUAAACAAAGAUGUCAUGGAUAGAAAUUGGCCAGGGUGCUGGUGACUAUAUGAGUUGGAACCUUUUGUUUGAAGUUUUCAUUUUAUGUGAAGGCUGAAGAGUGUAACAAACUGUACCCGAUGGAGCUCCUACUUUGUUGAAGAUGAAACGGUGGCCAGUUCUGCAAUGUUGUUUAACUCGUUUCUUUGUCUAAUUUAAUUUACGUUCUUAGAAUACCAAGUAAGAGCAUACCCAGUUUUCAGACCAAUUUUGACUUGAUUAAAACACAAGUGUCAUAUUUUUAGUAGGACACCUAUUUUUAUUUA